AUGAGUGACGAUUGGACUGCCGAGCCUCUGGUUCUCGACGUUGAGCAUCUUGCUCGAAGCGACGUCGGCUUAGUCGGCAGCAAGAAUUCCUCCUUGGGUGAGAUGAUUCGAGCCCUCGGACCCAAAGGCAUCCCCGUGCCACCAGGCUUCGCGACAUCCUCCUAUGCCUACUGGCACUAUGUCGACGCCAACAACAUCCGGGGAAAGAUCGAUGAACUCGUCGAUCAAUGGCAAUCUGGCCAUCAGACCCUUGCUGAGAUUGGCCACGCCAUACGCACUCUGUUCCUACGCGGGACAUGGCCGGCUGAUACUGCCGAGGCCAUACUGUCUGGCUAUCGUGACUUGUGUGACAAAGCUGGGGUCGAUGAUCUGAGUGUUGCAGUGCGAUCAAACGCAACUGCAGAAGAUCUUCCUGACGCGAGCUUCGCUGGACAGCAGGAGACGUACCUAAACAUCCAGGGAAGCGAAGCACUGCUCGAUGCCUGUAGACGAUGCUAUGCUUCGCUCUUCACAGACCGGGCUAUCAGCUAUCGCCAUAUCAAGAAGUUCAAUCAUGGCAACGUGGCUCUCUCCAUUGGGAUCCAGCAGAUGGUUCGCUCUGACAUCGGCGGCGCAGGAGUCAUGUUCUCGAUUGAUACAGAGAGCGGCUUCGACAAGAUUGUCCUCAUCAAUGCUGCAUGGGGUCUUGGCGAGAAUGUCGUCCAAGGCACCGUCAGCCCAGAUGAGUACCAGAUUUUUAAGCCACUGCUGUCUAAUGAGAAGCUGUCGCCGAUUCUUAGCAAGAAGCUUGGCGACAAGGCCAUCAAGAUGGUGUACGGGGAUAAGUGCGUACCAACUCGCAAUGUCCCUACAUCUAGAGUUGAACGAGCUUCAUAUGUUCUUGAAGAUGAAGAGAUUCUCCAGCUGGCCCGAUGGGCGUGUCUUAUUGAGGAGCACUACGGUUGCCCAAUGGAUAUGGAGUGGGCCAGAGAUGGCUCUUCUGGCAAACUCUACAUCGUGCAGGCCAGACCUGAGACUGUGCAGUCUCGCCGUGACGCGGCUGCCUUCAAGACCUACAAGGUUGGCGAACGUGGCCACACCUUGACCACGGGUCUGUCUAUUGGUGACAAGGCAGUUGCUGGGCGCAUCUGCCUACUCACUUCGGUCUCGGACAUGGACAAGUUUAUCGACGGCUCGAUCCUGGUUACCGAGUCUACUGACCCCGACUGGGUGCCUGUGAUGAAGAAAGCUGCUGCUAUUGUCACCGACUACGGAGGGCGAGCCUCUCAUGCCGCGAUUGUCAGUCGGGAACUGGGUGUCCCAGCGGUAGUUGGCACUGGAAACGCAACCUAUGUUCUGCACACAGGACAAGACGUCACCGUGUCAUGUGCAGAGGGCGAUUCGGGUCUUGUCUAUGAUGCCGACGAUGGCCACUCGAGAUGCUGA